CAGUUAUCAACCUAGACGCAACAAGAGACAGCAGCCAGCGACUCUUCCAAUUUAUUUUAUUUUUUCUUAAAUUUCUUUUGCUUUUUUUGCCCUUUUUGCCCUUUUUUUUUUUGCUUUUUCCAUUAUAUCCCAGCCCUUGAUGCAAACAUUCUGCAGAUUGCAAAAAAGAUAUCUUACCAACAACAUCGCCUUUCUUUUCUCUCCCUUUCUCUUCUCCCUCCCUCCCUCCUUACUAAACGUGCUUCCUAGAUUACUAGUCGUAUUGGCCAUCCAUCUGCUCGGUAUCGUAGUUUUCCGAACCCCCUAUGUAGGUCGGCACUCUCGCAACGGUUGCCUAUUUGACUUAUACGAAUAUCGCCAUUCUCUUUUGUUUUUGCUGUAAAAAUCUGUAAGGGGACGAUAUUGGAAUCCCAGCAAAUUAGUUUGCGUCGGGCAGUGAUGAAAGAUGCCGAAAACUCUCCCCUUUUGGAGGGGAGAGAGGCUCAUCAAACUGGAGUAUUCUAGCCAGGAAGGAGAGAUGGUAUCGUGAAGUGCGGACAAUCAAUGCAAGUUACACUUAGGUCGUAGAGAAACGUGAAAUUCCCUCUACUUCUAAGAUGUUAUUGGUCUUUUUGUAGCCCUGGUCCCCUUUUUGUGCUGCGUUGUCCAUGCCAAAGCUCUCGGUAUUGCAGAGGUCUCUUCAGUUCAAACUGUAUAUAUCUCCUUGC